AAUAUAUAUUUGGCCGAUGCUGGCAGUUGGAAAAGAAACCUGGAAAAAUAUAGACCUUACAGUUGGAGACUUCACCAGUGUACACUCACUAAAAAAUCAUGGCUGAUCACAAUGAGGUUGUUCCCAGUGAAUUCUCAUGGAGCCCAGAGUUCCUCAAGAAGCUUCUUCCGUCUGCGGAGCGAACGGCUCUUCUCUAUCAUCUGUCUUACUUGUGUCUGGGAAGUUUCCCAAAGGUGGAGCGUCUGAUCAGAGAACGAGCUCUUGAUACACAGCUGCUGUUUGGAUCCUCUGAAACCGUUCUGCUGAAGUGCGUCGGAACGAGUCAGAACCUGGUUUCUUCCCUGUUCCCAAUGCUGAUGAAGGCAGUUGAAAAGAACAAACCCCAUCUGGCUGUGAAAUACCUGGAGAAAGCAAGGGCAUGGAUUGAUGACAUCAUCAGAGCCGUAGAUGACAUAGUGAAGAGGUAUGAUCAUCAAAACCACAGUGUAGCGACAUGCACAAGUGAUGUGAUUCAAGAACAGAAGGAAACAGAAAAACAAAAAACUGAGUUCUCUGAGGAAGUGAAGAGUCUGAAAAAGGCCGUAGAAAAGCUUGAAGAGGAGCUGAGCAAAAAUGCCAAAAAUGUAGAGGAAAUAGAGGUAAAAAUUUCUGUAAAAAACACUGAGCUGCAGAAUUGUAUUAAAUCAGUUUAUAGUGGAAGCUGUGGAAUGGAUUGGCUGGCUGCCUUGGUGCCAUUUAUUGGACCCCUUAUUAAAUACAUUUAUGACACUGCGAAUGCCACUGAUGUUGCUGCUCAAACUCGAGCUCUCGAAGCCGAACUGACCCGUCUCACCUCUGAAAAGAGCAAUCUGCAAAACAAAGAGUGGACGAUCCAACUCAAACUGACUGAACUUCACCUGCAGAUGGCCAAUUCCAAAAUACAGCAGGGUGUGAUUCCCAGCCCAGUCCACCUUAAAGACGUCCAGAAGUAUCUUUCUCAAAUCCAGCAAAUUCUGCUGGAGCUUCAAAAGUUCUGGCAGAAAGUAGGAGCUCUGCUGGACACACUGAAAAAGAAGACCUUUGUUAACGAGGAUCUCAUUGACGAACUGGAUGACAUGAAGGAUGAUUUUCUGCGGUCUAUUGAAAUAGCAGGAAAGUACUGGAAGACGUUCGGUGGCUGCUGUCAAAGUGCACAAAGUGUUUUCAGCGUUCAGUCUAAGGACGCAUAUAAGUUCCUGGAGAUCAAUCCGUCUUCACUCUCAGAGGAUGAACGGAAGGAGCAGUGUGAGUCUGUCAUGAAGAAGCUGAAGCAGAUCACCCCGCAGGGGUCAUCCACACCCGCCAUCACUGAAGGACGCACAGAGAACUGACGCUUCCUUUCGCACAUUUAACUUUUAAUGCAUGCGCAUAAUAAUGCAUACAGCUUCUUUUGUCGGUUUUGUAAUGCUUUGUAAUCUUUACAACUGCUCUUAUACAAGAUCAUUUACAAUUCUAUAUAAAUAUUCCAUAGUGAGUUGGUGUUAUGGAUAUUAUUAUUUCUGUUUCUCAAUUAUGCUGUAUCUCUGGUUAAAACUGCUUUGCAUGUAGUAUCAUAUAAUCAUGUAGUCUGGCCACAUGAGUAAUGUCAAUGUCACACAAUAAAGACAGAAGACGCUUCAUUGUA